GCAAAUUACAUUAAUUAUUCAACCACACAGAUUUGCCUAGUCUACUGUCUACUGGCACUGGGGAUAACGUAAAAAGUAUUGAUAUGAUAACAUUUUUAUUCUUGGUUUAAACAGACGCACAGAAGCGUCGCUAUUCAGAAACCUCCAUAUCAUAGGGUAGUGGUAUCAAUCAGUAGAGAUGCAUAUUUAUGUCUAGGAUAGGCCUGGGCCCUAAUAAUGCCUGCUCUUUGUCGGGAUCAAACAAAAUAAACUUUCUUCACCUACCUUCUGUCGUUAUUAGAUACAUUUGUGUGUAAAAUACAAGAGAGUAUAAAUAUAUAGGCCUAUUUGCUGAUGAUACUUUCAUGGAUUCGCCCACACUAAAAUAAGUUAAAAUAAACAUUAAUUUAAUUAAUAGCAAAAGUCAUGAGUAGGUACUCAGGGCUGUGUUACCAAUUUCGUUUCCUGCGUAAAGAAAUUUCUUAUUUUAGAAUUAUGUUAAGAUUGUUAACAGCGUCAAUUUUAAAUUAAAACGAAAUUUAAUCAAAUUAGUGUUUAGUGCAUGCAUAGCGGUCGUUAGUUAACGCAAACGCGCAUGCGUAACAUCCGAACAAAUUCGCGCGUUCUUUUGUUUGCAAAAAGAACAUAUACUAUAGCAACAAAAUUGUUUUUAUUUCAUUCACAUAAUACCAUGAUACUACAGUCUACUAAGCAGCAGCUGUACACUUACGAAUGUUUACAACUAGGCCUAAUGUUUUUAUCUUUUGUGAAUAUACGUAGAAUAUUUAGGGGGCCUAGACCUUAAUAAAUUAUUGUUAGGCCUAGACGUCUGUUAUUAUUAUUAUUAUAUCAAUUGUCUAAGUAUAUAAUAUGAUUACAGACGACGAGGAAAUUGAUUUUAAUAUUGAAGUAGCUGAUCAGCGAUGUUUUGUGCGUCUGUUUAAACCGAGAAUAUUGACUCCAUUGGAAUACAUAUGCAAUUGCAUUAGAAACUACAACUUGGAAGCCUGUAGGUCGGUGAUAAAUGUAAGGUUGUGCUCUAUUCAAAUACAUUUAUUUACUUUUUUCAAUGUCCUUAUAUUAACUUUUUUAACCAUCUCGUUAUGAUGAAAAUAUUCUACAAUUUUAAUAUUAUUAUUAUAAUAUACAGAAAAUAAAUUACACGGUAGGCCUACACAAAGAACUACGCAAGGUCUAGCCUAUGCAUAAGCCUGUAACUGAUGAAAUAUAUUUUUACUAGGCCUAGAUUUAAAAUGCAUCUUUUUAGUUAGGGUCUGUUUCUGUUCAAUUUGAUAAAAUACCAGUUAUUUUUUUGGCCAAGCUAAAUUGAUAAUAAUGAAUUGUAAAAAGAAAUGUGGAUAAAAAAUUUCAAUUUUUUUAGAUAUUUAAGACAGAUUAAAGUAACUAAAGAGUUCAUCUUCAAUAUAGUCUCUUUUCUAUCAGCAUAAUGACGUAGCUAAUCCUAGCCUAGCACUUAAAAGUAAAAUAUAGGAUAUAUAUUUUGGUUUUUCUUUUCCCAAAUGAAAUACUUUGUUGAUGCAUAUGAGGGAAAAUGUCUAUGUUUUCGAAUGGCACAUAAUUAUUUCGCACCGGUGAUUUAUAAAAACAAGUAUCAUACACCAUUUACGGGAGCGCAGCAUUUGUAUUUAAACGCCUGUAAAUUAUCCUAAUCAAUACAAGAAUGACACCAUUAUAAUAUAUUGUAUCAAAAUUGUGUCACUUAGUCCAUGACACUGUCAAUCAAUCAGAUGAGUAAUAAAUGACAAUGAAGUCAGGUUCAUGUGCAGUAUAAUAAAUAGAAUUAAAGUUUCAGGUUCAGACUGCGAUCAUCUGUAAUCGAUGUCAGUACGCGUGGCUGUUUUGCAUAGCCUAUAGGUCUUGUGCAGCAGACAGAAAGCAUAAUACACUGGCCAAGAGCAUCAUAGCCACCUACCGUAGUGGAUCGGCCUUGUUUUAAAUCACUGUGUGAAAGUGCAUAUUUAUGAAAGCUGACUGGCAUAUCAAUGUUGGGCCUUUAUUAAUCUUUCUAUUAGUUUGCUCUUUUCUUUUUUUGGUAGGGACCUAUCGACUGGAGACAGAUUUUCUCUGGAACGAAUCCACCAACAGACCCAAGUUUGAUGCCUCUACAUAUUCUUUGCAAUCAGUUUCCAUCGAAUUCAGAACUAGAAAUGGCACGAUUGAUACUUAGCUCUGGGUUGAAUCCCAACCUACAGGACAACCUCGGACGUACUGCAAUCCACUGCCUUAUAAGGAGACUUCAUUGGGAACGUAUGAACAAUCGAUCGACAGUUAUUGACGUUACUUUGACACGUGGGUUUCAAUUGCUAAAGUUGCUCAUCCAGUAUGGAGUUUACGUCAAUUUGCAGGAUCUUGACGGCAGAACUCCAGUUCAUCUAUGUGCAUUUUACAACAUCGUAGGGUUGGUACCAACUAUAAUUCCUAUUGUGCAGAUGAAGAUAGAUUUGGAAAUUGCAGAUGUAUUCGGCAACACACCCCUUCACAUUGCGGCAGACUACUGUCACUUGGGUUUCCUUCAGGAACUGGUUUCUCUCGACGCUAAUCCCGGAUUUCAAAACGGUAAUUCGGAAACAGCUCUGCAUCUUGUUGCCAAAAACUUCCUUAAUCGUGGCGUAGAAUGUGCCACAUUUUUGGUCUCCGAAUGUAAAGUUGAUGUAAAUCAAAGAGAUGACAGGAACGGGCGCACACCAUUGCACAUUGCUUGCUUGCAGAGUAGAAAUCGUGAUCGAAUGGUUAGCACACUGAUCGAUUUAGGCGCAGACCCGAACAUCGCAGACGAUACAGGAGAAACACCGUUGACUCUCUACUUGCAAAAUCACUUGAGUAUUCUGCAGGAGUAUUUGCAUCAGAAGAGACCACUUGCAGAUGUCUAUGGUAUUAGUAACCUGGGUGGCUACAUUGACCAUCUCCAUGGUCUUAAUUCAAUGCUGAAUGAAAUGUCACAGGUGAACAUUGGAGCAUUACAAGACAUCAACAAUAUCUCCUUCGAAGAUAAAUUUGAAUCUAAACUCGUGAUGGACAAGCUCUUGCAUAGGGGUAAAAAUCCAUCUUCGUUGCAAUUUAUUUGUCGAUGCUGCAUCAGACGAAUACUCAAGGGAAAAAAUAUUUCCCGUAGUUUACUGACGUCAUUAGAAUUAACUAAUCCGGUUAUUGACAUUAUACUCUUACCCCUGAAGAGAAUAACAUUAGCAGUUGAAUAUAAUAGUCAUACAAACGAGCCCACGUCUCCAUUUUUCCUUUGGAGCAUGCAGGGAUCCUACAGAGUUACUGCAUACACAUGGAACCAAAGUUGAUAAUGCAGGCUAAACUAUUACCCUAAAAAAAAUUAAACUGAAAUAAAUAAAAAUUUAUAAGGAUUUUUUAGAUGUUCACAUCACAUCAACUGAUAAAAAUUAAUAGGUUCAAACGUAUGAGUAUGCAAGUCAUUAAAAUGAAGUCUUUUUACAGGUUGAGGUCUUUCUACAGAUUAUUUUUUUCUUUUAUGCCAAACUUAUGCAAGUUCUAUUACAAAUACGCCAGUUAGACACGAACCAAAGUUAAAUAGUAUGGGCGAGGGGGUCAUGUGAACACUAGUUUCUACCAUCAAUUUUAUUGCUUCAGUUAUUCAUAAUUUUUAUAAUUAUGUUUAGACUAUGAAUUGAGCCCUCUAUAGUUAUAUUUUAUGCGACUGGCUUUCAGAAAAAAAUUAUAAUUUCCGUUUUUCAGAUUUGCCCAAAACUAGUAAAUGUCGGGGUUUCUAGAGCCUCAGAGGGAAUGAAACGUUUUUGCAUGAUACUAUUCUGUUAUAUUGUGAACAAGUGUGAGUAGCAGCACUGACGUCAUAAAGCUAUUUCUUUAAGUCAGUUCCAGAAAAUUUAUGGAUAGUUUAUCCAAAAUGUAUUACUGUAUUUUGCUCCCUCAUCAUCAACUCCGGAAACACAAUUCCAUUGCCAGCGUGACAAGGUGUGGUUGACAGAUCAUUUUAAACAACAAACAACUCAGACUGCCAUUAUGCAGACAGCCUCGCUGUCAAAUAUAGACAGUGUGUU